GUCCAGCUGUGUUGGCUGGAGAUUGUCCAGCCUGCAGCGGCGCCUCACUGCAAACACACACACACACACACACACACACACACACACACACACACACACACACACACACACACACACACACACACACACACAGCUCUUGACUCUCUAGCAGUUUCUUCUUCUUGUCUUUGAGCUCCAGACUUUUCCUAACUUUUCCUUUCACUCGACGGACCCAGCAUGCAGCUUCGGACCGUCACCGCGGUCAGUGUGGUGGACAUUAAGAAGAUAAGGAACCCCUUCAAACACUAUGUGUUCAUUAUCUCAGUCUCAUACUCUGACUCCAGCUCACAGCUGCUCUACAGGAGAUACAGCCACUUCUUCAACCUGCAGAUGAAGCUGCUGGAUUUGUUUCCAGAGGAGGGGGGACAGAGAGACCCCAAAUUCAGAAUCAUCCCGUUUCUACCAGGUAAAGUCCUCUUUGGCCGCAGUCAGAUCAGGGAUGUAGCUGUGAGGAGACUCAAACACCUGGAUAAUUAUUGCCAGGCUCUGUUGAGGUUGCCUCCUCAUAUCUCUCAGAGUGAGGAGGUGCUGAAGUUCUUUGAGCCCAAACUUGAAGACCUGCUCGAGCCUCAGACACAGAGCUCCACCAAACACACACCAGGAGCAGAGAGCAGGGAGGCCAUGAGCGGAGAGGAGUUUGUCUGUGUGUUUGUGGUGGCAGCAGAUUAUCAGCGACAGGAGAACACCGAAAUCAGCCUCCGAGCUGGAGAAAGAGUGGAGGUGAUUGAGAAAAAUGACACAGGUUGGUGGUUUGUGAGUACAGCAGAGGAACAAGGCUGGUUUCCAUCCACAUACCUUGUCUCUCCAGCAGAGCAGCGAGACGAUCACAGAACACCAAAAGGAGAUAGUCACUAUGUUACAGUCCAGGCCUACAGCAGUUCCAGUCAAGAUGAGUUGGGUUUUGAGUGUGGGGUCAGAGUAGAGGUCAUCCAGAAGAACCUGGAGGGCUGGUGGUUCAUACGGUAUGAGGGAAAGGAAGGUUGGGCUCCUGCUUCCUACCUAAAAAAGGUGCAGGAUGAUGGCACCCCUGCCAACCACACCGUCUCCACGGAAUCCAGCCAAGAGUCCACCAUUGGCCAAGUGGAGAUCAUUGGAAAUCUGAUGGAGAUCAGCAACCUACUAAACAGGAAGCCAGCCAACAGCGACACACACACUCACAGCAAUGCAAGCGACACAUACACAUACUCGGAGUGCGACACAGACAGCGACUCACACUUCAGCAUAAAAUCUGACACUGCAAGUAGCACACACACUACUGCUGACACCACACACGCUGAUGACAUCACAGCCGGAGUGGAGAUCACUGGCACGCACACAUGCACUGGCUCCAGCUCAGAUACACACCCACACUCCACCAGUGCAGAGAUGACGGUGACAGAAUCAUCCAGAGCAUGCGUGGAGGCCCCUGACGUGAGUGUGUGUGUGUCUUUAUCAGAGUCGACUGUGUGUUCCACCGUACAGAGGACACACACCCCCGCCGUUGCUCGCGUCACCCCUCAGAGAUACCACAGCGUGGAGAACGGGUCUCCAUCUUACAUAGAGAAACCUCCCCCCCGCAGAGAGAACAGUCUGGGCUUUCAGCUGCCGCAGCCUCCAGAUCCCCCUAGUGUUGAUGCAGAGUAUUACACCAUAGCAGAGUUCCACUCCUGUCUGGGUGACGGCAUCAGCUUCAGUGGAGGAGAGAGAGCAGAGGUCAUCAAGAAGAACUCAGGAGGUUGGUGGUAUGUGCAGAUUGGGAAUAAAGAAGGCUGGGCUCCAUGCUCCUACAUCGACAAGCGUAAGAAGCCAAGCCUAAACCGGAAGACCAGCACUCUCACACGGCCCAAAGUCCCACCCCCUGCCCCGCCUAUCAAAAAGCAGACCUCAUUGCCCUGCAUGGAGUCAGAGGUCACAACUCUUGAUAAGAGCUGUGUGUAUGAGGAACCCGAGUAUGAUGUCCCGGCAGUGAGUUUAGAACCUCAGCUCGAGUUCCUCCCUUCAGACACUAAAGCUCAACGCUGUGCUCCCUACUGGCUGGGAGAAGACAUGCAGGAGCAGACUGGAGAAGAACAGUGUGUGUACUAUGGAGUCACACCUGGAGUCACAGAGAGCCUGGAAAUGAGACACUCACAUUCACACACAUCCAGCAGGGGGCGCCAGAGGCCAAUCUGGGAUCCUCCCGAAUAUGAUGCCCCUACAAUCGAAUUCAAUGCCUUGUCCAUAUCUCAAGAACCAGGGGAAGGGUCCAAACCCAAGCCGAGCGUCCGGCCCAAACCCUCAAACCCGGACUUUUGCUCCCUCAAACAGAGCCUGAAACAUACAAACCAGCAGAACCACAAUCAGUGGAGAACCUCGCAAACCUCAGCAGGGUCCGAGACCGACUCUGCCUCCUCACUGGAUGACUCUUUGGCCUUCAAGCUGUCAGUCAGUGCAGAAGCUGAGGUCAUGCCUCCCUGGCUGUCCAUCAGCACAGAGGGUGAAGUCAUGCCUCCUCGGGUGUCUGUCAGCGCAAAGUCUGAGGUCACGCCUCCCCGAUCAUCUAUCAGCAACCAGGCUGAGGUCGCACCUCUCCAGCUAUAUCGCAGUACUGCAGAGUUCCAGCAGGGGGCACCAGGCGAGCUGAGCCUGCCAGCUGGGGUGCUGGUGGAGGUGCUAGAGAAACAGCAGAGUGGUUGGUGGUUUGUCCGCUGGGGGGCGCAAGAGGGCUGGGUGCCCACUUACUUCCUCAGGCCCAUCACACAUACAUAUAUGUCAGAGACGUCAAACAGUGAGAAGAACGAGGAGGGUGGACAGAAAGUGACCGGAUCAAACAACAGAGGGGUCAAUGGGGUCAGUGGGGCCAACAGGGUUACAGUGAGGCCCCAGGAUGAAAACAGUAAUGCUGGCGUUAAUAAAGACUGUGCUGCCAUUAUUAAGGAUAAUGCUAGUGUUAGUAACGACUACGCCAGUGUUACCAAAGACAAAAAUGGUGUUGCUAAUGAGAAUACUGGCACUCGCUGGAAGAACGAGACCCGUCGUGAUCUAACCAGCUCUGGACGAUCAAUCCCUGUGUCCAUGGUGAAGCCCAAACCACAAAUCAUUCACAACAACCUGCGCGAAGAGUAUGUCUCUGUGGCCGAUUACCAUGGCGAUGCAGAGUCCAUGGGGUUCCCAGCAGGAACGAGGCUGGAGGUUCUGGAGAAGAACACCAAUGGGUGGUGGUACUGCCGCACCACUGAUUUCACAAACACACGUCGGGGCUGGGUGCCCUCUAACUUCCUGGAGAAGAGGAAAUAGAUGGUGGAGAGACACAAAGUACAGCCCUCUGUCUCAAAUUGAGAAACACCAGGCGAGUUAGUAAGAGAUCACAAUGAGAAAUGCGUCAGGAUGUACUGUGCACCUCGAAUUAGCAUAAUUUCUAUGUGACAUCAUUUUAAAUAUGCAAGUAUCAACUUCAAAUGUCAUAAUAGUAUAUUUUCAUGUUACGUCAUAGCUAACCUUAGCUAGCAGAUGUUUGCUAACUGCGGUUCAGUGACCUGUGGUAUCAUGCUGUCAUUCUGACAGACUGUAAUACACUAUAGGAAGUGUAGGGCGCGAUGUGGCUUCUAUUGUUUCAUUUAAAAAGUGCUCUAUAAUGUUAAUACAAUCCACACAGUCAUUCUGACAGACUGUAACACGCUACAGGAAGUGUAGGGGUAAUAUGGUUCAUUUAAAUAGUACUUAAAUAAUGCUAUGUAAUAGUGAGAUUAGGUUGAUUAAUCUAAUAAUUGUCGAUCAAUUUACUGACAAUAGAAAUAAUCAUUGGUUGGAUCCCUACAGAACACAAACUUACUCUUGAAUUGGGUGAAUAAUGCAUGUUCAGUGUGUUUUAGCCAUAUAAUAAAUGCAGUAAUCUUUAUGAGAAAUAGUGAUGGCACUUUCUAUGAAUUUCAUGCCUACAAGCAUCUAUAAAAAGAUUUAUGAUGUAAUAAAGCAUUCAUAAGGCAUUAUAAACAUGACUAUAAUAUUUAUAAAAAUGACAAACACUUUCUCAGUACUGGUCCUGUUAGAGCUGCUGCUUUGAGUCUUCAGUCCUGAACAUUCAGAUGCUCCAAACAAGCCGUCCAGCCCAGAGUUAUUACUACACACUGAGCAAGAAGUCACUGUGGAGUGAAGGCCUGGAGAGAGAGAGAGGCAAGUUAGCAGAGCGCUAGGACUGUAAUAUGGUUCCAAAAUCAAGCACUAGAACCUUCACUGUGGAACAUCACUUCACUGCACUACAGUAAUGCAUUGUGCUGCUAGCGCUCUGUUGGAUAUGCAGUGUUAGGUUAGCACUGAGCUACUGAACUCUGACUUCCCCAUGUUGGUCAAACAUGAUUGAUGGAGUUCUAAUUUAACUAGUUAACAAUUCAUAAUACAUAAUAAAUGUGUAUAUAAAAUGCAAUGCAUUUGUAUAAAUGUUUAUAGCCAUGUUUCUGCCUUGUGAAUGCAUUAUAACAUGUUGUAAAAGUGUUUGUAGGUUCUUAUAGACAUGGUAUUUAUAGAAAGUGUUAAAAAAUAAUUUAAUCCAUAUCACAGGUAUUUAUAUAAGACAGUAUGAUUGUUUAGUGCUGAGUGUGACCACAGCUGGACAGUAGAGUGUUCAGUAGGGAUCUACUGCUGCACUGCUGGCAGAUCUGCUGCCAUCUGGUGGUAAAAGAUGAUGACAGCAGUUCAUAGUGGGCAUUUUGAUAUGGUCAGAAAAACUGCGUCAGUGUGCAGGUGAUCAGUGAGGCUGGUGCUCAAAGCUGAAUAGAAAGGCAUUAACACAUGUGCAGGUCUGUUGGCAAGGACAGAUGAUGACCAGUUCUCUUCAGUAAGAUGUACUAUAGUGCUGAUGAAGCCUACAUUACUGUUUGUAUGUUUAUGCUGGUAUGUCGUGCAUGUUUUAUAUUUACCUGCUGCUGUUGAUGAUGUGAUGUUAUUCUCACUGAUAUUUUUUACACUUUAUAUUCUAUUAAUAGCACUUUCAGAUCACCAUAAAUAAACUACAGUGGAAUAUAUAUCAUUAUUGAUGUGUUUGCACCAAAUCUCUGGGUUUUAAUGUCUGAUUAUCUCCAGCAUGUGCACAGAUAGACAGCAGGGGGGCUAGAGCUCCUGCUUUUUCUCCUCAGACUGUAUAAGAGCUCUCCUGGUGGGCAUUUGUGAUAAUUUCCCCAUUGUAUGUCUCUGUACUCCACUCAGAGGUUUCUGGUCUCUUGCACUUCAUACCUAAAAUGUUCACAAGUGGUCAGCAUCAUCACACCAGACACACAGGGCCAUAAGCAAGGUGCAAAAUGUAAGGGGUGCUGGAGGGUCCAGGACCACCUACUAAACCUCUUGGACACCCUUAAUGUCUCAAAAGCAAAAUUAAACUUUAAUUAUUAAACGAAAAAUAAACUUA